AUGACUGAUUUAACAUUUAGUGAAGCCGAAGUUUCUUAUGUGUUGAGAUCACUUGAUUCAAGCAAAGCAACAGGUCCUGAUGAUAUUCCUGCAAGACUACUGAGGGAAACAGCAGAUGUGAUAACACCUUCCCUGUGCAAGCUGUUCAAUAUAUCAGUUAUUUCAGGAACAAUACCAGAUGAAUGGAAAUUGGCUAAUAUUGUGCCCGUGCACAAGAAAGGUGACAAAGAGUAUGCUGAGAACUAUCGCCCAAUUUCCCUAUUAUGUAUUACAUCCAAAGUUAUGGAACGCUGUGUCCUAAACAACAUAAAAACUCGUUUGUAUGAUGCAGUUAACAUGUGUCAACAUGGGUUCAUGGCCGGGAGAUCUUGCAUAUCAAACCUCAUCGACACUCUUGACUACGUUGGAUCGUGUUUAGACAGUGGAAGACAUAUAGACAUGAUUUAUAUGGAUAUGUCAAAGGCAUUCGACAAGGUCGAUCAUGAUGUAUUAAUACGAAAGCUGCAGAAAGACUAUGGUUUUGGAGGUAAUCUCCUCAGAUGGUUUCGUUGCUAUCUAGAAAAUCGUAAACAACGUGUUACAGUGUUAGGAGCAACGUCAGACCUACUUCCUGUCACGUCUGGUGUACCGCAAGGUUCAAUACUUGGUCCAGCAUUGUUCCUCCUCUACGUCAAUGAUCUGCCAAGCAAUGUGAAGUCAAGUCGUGUUGCAAUGUUUGCGGACGAUACCAAAGUCUUCAAGGCAAUACAAUCGCCCAAUGAUGCAAUAAAGUUACAGGAAGAUAUCACUAACUUGGGGAUCUGGUCAUCUGAAUCUGGCUUACAAUUCAACGAAGCAAAAUGCAAGGCACAAUCCAUCACCCGUAAAACCAAUCCAAUCCCUACCACCUAUUUUAUGA